UUAUUUAUUGAUAAAAUUCAGCCACUGGGUUUUGAGAUCUAUGACCUUGGUACUGCUGCUGUGCUGUAUGUUAAUAAGCUGGUUUAGUAAUGAUGCUAAUGACGGGUUGACAUGCAUUAUUCUCACCAGUAAAAGGUACAGAACAUUUUUAGUGAUGGUCCCCAAAAAGUUAGUACAAAUGCAGUAAGAUUUCAGUGGGCUCAACUAAUCCAGAGGAUCAGGAUGGCGUUGCUUCUGAAAAAAUUGACGACAAAGGCAGAGAUUGAUCAAGCAAUACGCACCACUGAAGACAUUGUUCUAGUGAUGAGGUUUGGCAGAGAUGAUGAUUCAACUUGUCUGCAACAGGACAACAUUCUUGCCAAAUCAUGUGAUGAACUUGCCAAGAUGGCUGCUAUCUUUAUUGUGGAUGUAGAUACAGUGGACAUGUACAAGCGCUAUUUUGAUAUUUCACUGAUUCCAGCCACCAUCUUCUUCUUUAAUGGAGAACACAUCAAAGUAGAUUAUGGUACACCAGACCAUACAAAAUUCAUUGGAAGUUUCAAGACAAAGCAGGACUUCAUUGACCUUGUCGAGGUCAUCUACCGGGGAGCCAUGAAGGGUAAAGUAAUGGUAACAAGUCCGAUAGACAAAGCAAACAUUCCUAAGUAUGAGCUAUUGUACAAAGACAUCUGAAAACUGAACAACCAAUUGGUGAAUGCGCAUGUGCCCACAUGCUUAAGUGAACACUUAAAUUUCUUACAUGUGCACGUAGCCACCUAUAGUCAUAUACAGUACCACCUAUAAAUUACAUUCUUAUGUGACCACAGCCAUCAUACCUACAUGCUCAUAGUGUUUGCUCACUAAUGCAUGUGCAUAAUGUUCAUGUGUCCACAUGCUUAUGUGAACAAUAAGACAAGUACUUACAUGUGCAUGUGGCCACCUAGUCGUGUUCAGUACUUACAAACUGCAUUCUUAUGUGACCGCAGCAACCAUACCUACAUGCUCAUGGUAUGUGCUUACUAAUGCAUUUGCAUAAUAUACUCAUGUGCCCACAUGCUUAUGUGAACACUAAAACAAGUUCUUACAUGCGCAUGUGCCCCACUUGGCCAUGUACAUUAUCAUACUUACGUUCUUAUGUGACCACAACAGCCAUCAUACCAGUGGCAUGUUCUCACUAAUACAUGUGCCCUUUGGACCAUGUACAGUACUUACAGUACAUGCUCAUGUGUUCACUUAGCUUAUGUAACCACUUAUUCAUGUACAGUACUCCAGUACUAUACUUAUUAUGUGACAGACAUAAUUACCUUCAUGCUUAUGGUGUGUGCUCACUAAUACAUGUGCACACAAUCAUGUUCCCACUUAGAUUAUGUAAUUGCUCGUUUCCAUGUGUAUUAACUUGCUCAUGUGUUUAUUUAGCUUAGACCUAUGUGCCCACUUAAGGCCUGUUUAUACUUCAACAAUAACAAUAACGAUAAAAAAGCUAAGAAGCAAUUGUUCAUAUAGAAAAUAAAAGAAAUAAGAGAAGUUUUUACACUAGAACGAUUCGAUAGCGAUUUAUUAGUUAUGCGAUAACAGCAUAUUUUGACAAAUCAAAUCAGAUGACGUCAUAACCAUGGAAAAACCUUAAAAUCGUAGUAUUAGCAACGAUUUUAUCGUUUUUCCAUGAUUAUGACGUCAUCCGAUUUGAUUUGUUGAAAUUUUUUGUUGUCGUAUACACGAUAAAUCAUUACCAAAUCAUCCUAGUGUAAAAAAUUCUCAUUUCUUUUAUUUUCUAUAUAAACAAUCACUUUUUAGCUUUUUUAUUGUUGAAGUAUAAACAGGCCUUUAGUGAUGUACAGUGGAUACAUUGUGUGUUCUCAUGAAUUCAUGUUCUUGUGUGCAUUUCAAGACUAUUCAAACAAUUGUAAAUGUUGUAAAAUGCAUCAUAGGCACAGACAGUACCAGUAGGAUCUGUGGUGUAUAUGUACUUCGAUCUUUAUUAGAAUUGAUAUUUUAGCCAUACAUAUUAAGUCUUGUGUAUUCAGCGGAAUACUCGCGCAUUUGGGAUCUGUCUCGCACUUAAGGACCAAAAUCUCGCCCAUAAAUAUAUGCCCAUAUUAUCAAAUGUACGUAUACUAUUUGUAGUGGGUGGUAGGAGGAAACCAAUCCCCAUAACCCUAGGUACGGAAUUUUCAAAAACCUUGCGCCUGCAAACUUUUUUGACUUGCAAUCUCUAUUUACCCAACAUGACGUGUUAUUGUACUAAAUAAUAAUCAUCCCCCGAGAGGGGUGGAAAAAAUUUAACAUGAUUACAGUAGUCCAACCCACAAUCAUGGAAGUCGCAUUAGCAGCACUUUGUUAGACGCUGUACAUAUCGGAAUAUAUUAUUGAUUAGUGGUACAGUAUAUUUUAUGUAAAUUUCAUUCUUAAAUGUCGUUGCUAUAGGAUACGUAUGUCAAAGUUUAUAUGGUUGUGUUACAGCAAUUAUAUUAAUUUAAUUAUUUACACUAUCAUAAAUAAUAGUGUUAAGUUUAAUCUGUUGAAUGAAUAGAUAGAUUUUACAUAUGCAAACAGCAGAGAAGUGUCUAGUUACGGUAUCAACUAUUUAUUGGCAUUUAGUAACAACAGUAAAAUACAGAACCAGGUUGUGAGUAGAGGUAAUAUUUCCUUACUAAAAUUCCAAAAUAUGUAUGUAGGUACUAGGAUACUAAACCUUGAAGAAAACAUUUGUGAUUAAAUUUUAGGUUGACAUUA